UGCCUAGAUGGCUAUCUAUGGUGGAAGCAAGACCCGCUGAAAAUUGAAUUACCAAAAGGAAACGCACUCCGUGGCUCCGUUUACGUUUAGGCUACUUUAUUUGUCUCUGAAUAGCAGGGUCUACCGUCAGCGGCAUUAUCCACUUACGGAAGGGCACAAUAUAGCCUACAGUGGCUGCAUUAAGAUGUCGACUUUGAUAGUAAAAUCAGGAUCAAAACUAUAAUUAUAUGGAAGUAACUUUGACUAAGGUUUCGCUGCGACGGGUUUAUGAGUAGUGUCUACAUUUUCUCUAUCAUAAUUACGUGACGUCUUUGCACAGUGACGUUUCGUACUUAUGACGUCAUAAUUUCACCUAGCAAUGUAUCCUGUUGUCAAACAUGGACGCCUAUUUCAAGACUCGUUUAGUGUAAACUUUUAAGCAUUUCAUUUCCAAUCCAAUGAAUACGUGUUAAUUAGGAAGAUGCUUAAUACGUAUGCAUGAAUUUAACUGAAGCAAACCAAAGUUUAAAGACAGCAGUAAAAAACAGAAAUACCCUCUCCGGCUGAGACAGCUAUCGCCAAAGCAAGGUCAGUCCAACAACCAGCAGAUAGCAAAACCCCUUUCCGUUUCAAUACCCGUCAAUACUACUAAUGCCACAGAUAACCCAACACAGAAACAAGGUACUUCCCGUGUAGUGCCGAUGAACUCACUAAAUGAAAAGAUAACAGGCGAAAUGGAUGAACAAAAGCAACCAGAAACACCAAUAAUAAAAGAAACGACAGAAGCUGUUGCAAAACCAGUAACAGACCCCGCACCAGCAGAAAAUAAGGACGACGGUAAGAAAAUAACCAGUGACAGCAAGGAUGCUGGCAAAAAUGAUUUAGAUAAUAAAGCUCCCGAUAAAAAAAAUGCAGACGCGAAAAGUACGGAGAAGAAUGAUGACGAUAAGAAAGACGCAGACGCGAAAAGCACGGAAAAGAAAGACCCCGAUAAGAAAGAUACGGAUGCUAAAGAUCCGGAUAAGACAAAUUCGGAUGAUAAAACCCUCGAUAAAAAAGAUGCAGACGCGAAAAGUACGGAGAAGAAAGAUACCGAUAAGAAAGACACAGACGCGAAAAGUAUGGAGAAGAAAGAUGCCGAUAAGAAAGACACAGACGCGAAAAGCACGGACAAGAAAGACCCCGAUAAGAAAGAUGUCGCUGCUAAAGAUCCGGAUAAGAAAGAUCCAGAACCAGUUAAGAAGCCUGCACUUGAUCCAAAAAAACUCGGCGCAGUGAAUUUGAAAGUUGCUGGAAAAUGGGGAGCUGCUUUAGAGAAGACGAAAAAGCCCAGCGCCAAGAGGCGACCGACCAAAAGUGGACCAGAAGUUGAUCCAUUUUUAGCGAAGUUUGCUAUGGCGAAUACCCGUAGAAAUGCAAUGCAAAAAACCCCGGCUGCCGAUGGUAAAGCAGGAGACAAACCUCCUGCCGACGACGACGAUGACGAAGAAGAGGAAGAAGAGAAGUGUUGGAAACAACCUUGUUGUACCUGGCCGUAUUGGAGAGAUUAUGUGAUUGAUCCAGCUGAGCCUUUAUGGUUCUAUUGGUCCUUGAUAGCAUCUUUAGCUGUAUUCUACAACCUAGUUUGUGUCUUUCUACGAGCUGUCUGGGUAGAGAUGAAUAUGAAAGAAUGGGAAAUGGCUUGGUUUAUUCUCGACUACACUUCAGAUUUCAUCACCAUACUAGAUAUGUUCGUCAGGUGUCGUCUUGGUUUUCUAGAACAGGGUAUUUUAGUGACAGAGAAGAAGCGACUUGUUAAAGUUUAUAUAAAAUCACCAAAGUUCUUCAUAGAUAUCUUCAGUAUUCUGCCCUUUGACCUUUUUUAUUUGUUAACAGGACUUAAUACACUUUUUCGUAUGAAUCGUAUUGUGAGGAUAUGGCGUGUUCUGGAAUUCUACCACGAUUCGGAGACCAGAACAACCUUCCCCAAUGGCUUUCGGAUGAUCUUUUUGGUCAUCAGUAUUUGUUUGAUGAUCCACUGGAACGCGUGUAUAUAUUAUUCUAUGAGUAAAGCUCUUGGGUUCGGAUCAGAUGAAUGGACGUAUGAUCCUAAUAGACCAGGUUUUAGCGGUCUAGGAAUGAGAUAUUUGUUCAGUUUCUAUUGGUCAAUGUUGACGUUAACUGCGAUUGGUGAUACCAAUCCCCCCGAAUCCAUGAUCGCCAUGAUGUAUUGUGUCUGCGUUACACUUUGUGGUGUCUUGAUUUUCGCUACUAUUUUCGGUAACGUAGGCGCUAUGAUUAAUCAAAUGAAUGCAUCCAGACAGGAAUUCCAACAGAACGUGGAUGCCGUAAAGAGAUAUAUGGAUAUCCGUAAAGUUAGUCCAGUGCUCCAGGAUCGCGUUAUCCAAUGGUUCGCUUAUACUUGGAACAACAAGCAAUCCGUGGAUGAUAAAGAAGCCUUAUUGGUCCUACCAGAAAAGCUCCGCGCUGAAAUAGCCAUCCAAGUCCAUUUGCAAACCCUGAAGAAGGUGGGCAUUUUCAAGGAUUGUGAACCUGGUCUGCUACAAGAGUUAGUGCUGAAGCUACGUCUACAGGUGUUUAGUCCUGGCGAUUAUAUAUGCCGCAAAGGAGAUAUUGGAAAGGAGAUGUAUAUCAUCAAAAGAGGAAAACUACAAGUCGUAUCUCCUGACGGUAAAAUAGUUUUUGUCACAUUGCAGGAUGGUGCAGUGUUCGGGGAAGUCAGUAUCCUCAACAUUGCAGGAAACAAGACCGGGAACCGAAGAACCGCUAGUGUCAGAAGUAUGGGAUAUUCUGAUUUAUUUUGCUUAUCUAAGGACGAUCUGUGGGACGCAUUGAAGGAAUACCCUGAUGCUAAACUGAUGCUCUCAGAAAUAGGAAAACAGAUUCUCCGGAAAGAUAACUUGUUGGACGAGGAAGCUGCUAGGAGAAAAGAGUUAGAAGAAAUGUCCAUGGACACCAAGAUUGAUCACAUUAAUACUACCAUGGAAAGUAUUGGUAAACAAGUAGGACUGCUGGCUACCAACAUUCUUGAUCUACAAAAACAUCUCGGCGUGGUUGAUAAGCAACCUGUAGAGGAAGACAAAAAACCCGAAGGGGCGAAAUAAACAAUCCCUCAAAUUCAGAACGUCAGUAAGGCGCAUUAAAGUAAUACAUCUGGACAUUGUGGAGACUUCGGACACAUUGGUGAAGUUUAUUUAAAAACCAUC